AUGAAGCAUUCUCUCACUUUGUUCCACUCUUUGUCAUUCUCUCACUCUGCACCUCUCUUUAUGAAGCAUUCUCUUUGUCCCUCUCUUUAUGAGUCAUUUUCACACUCUCACUCUCUUUAUAAGGCAUUCUUCCACUCUCUCACUCUCUUUAUGAGGCUUUCACUCUCACUUUCAUCUCGACGUCCAGUGGCAUUUUCACCCAGUGCUGAUAUGGGCUUGACUGAUAUUGAAAUGGCCCAUGCAUACGAAUUUGAGGAUCCUUACUAUGAUGAUGAUCGAGCUUAUGAUAUGGAAUGUGAGCCUAUCUGUUUCUCUCUGUCCAUAUCUACUUACCUCUCUCUCAUUCACUCUGUUUAUAUCUAUUUACCUCUUUCCCUCUGUUCUUAUUGUAUAUCUUUCUUCCUCAUUUUGUUCAUAUCUGUAUAUAUUUCUCCCUCACUCUGUUCAUAUCUGUAUAUAUUUCUCCCUCACUCUCUAUAUAUCUGUAUAUAUUUCUCCCUCACUCUCUUCAUAUCUGUAUAUACUUCUCCCUCACUCUCUUCAUAUCUGUAUAUACUUCUCCUUCACUCUCUUCAUAUCUGUAUAUACUUCUCCCUCACUCUCUUCAUAUCUAUCUGUGAUUUCUCUCUCUCUACAAAUGUAUUUAUCUUUCUCCCUCGUCUGAAAGAGAUAGUUACCUUUCUCUCUCUUUUUCUCUGUUCAUAUCUAUUUACCUGUCAUUCACUCUCACCAUAUCUAUCUUUCUUUUUCUCACUCUGUUUAUAUCAUUCUUUCUCUUUCGGUUUGUAUUUAACUCUCUCAUUCUCACUCUAG